AUGCGUGGUUUAACGGAUUCACCUGUAAAUGUGGAUUCUGCUGGAAGUAGUGGUGGAUCGACUGAAGAGAAUCAUGAAGGAAAUACAAGCUCUGGAAGUGCCAGCCCACAGUCAGCUGCGCAGUCUCCUAUUCCAGCGGUAGCCAUCGGCCAUGAAACGUACAGCGCACCAAGGUCUAUUCUGACGUCCAACAACAACGAGCUCAAAAUCCGUAGCGCUCUUAAUUCUCCAGCCGCCUACCUCAGUCAAACUCCUCGAAGCUCAACCUAUGUGAAGAGAUUGGUGGAGAAAGGAUGUAACAAGCAUGCAGAGGAUAUAUUAUCGCCGGAUGUCCGUCGUAAGGCUGAAGCGAAUCUGAGUCGUACUCCAUCAGUGCAGUCCCUGCGUGGUUCGAUGGGAAAUCUUGCCGGCUGGCGAGGAUCAGUGUCCAAUCUUGCGGAAGAUUCGCUGAAUAUGAAUCGAUUCAAGAGCUUGAAUCCAAGCUAUCGCUCGUUCAACGCGAAAAAGAAUACGGAAAAACAGCAAGAAGUGAUUGAUCGCCUGAGUCGACUGCGAGAAAAUCUUCGAUCGAGGGAGAAUUUUGUAGAGCGAGGUGUACUACCGAAACAUCAAGUGACUCCGUCAUCGACUGCCGUGAAAACUUAA